AUGGGAUCUGAAGACCAACAACUACAACCACAAAAUAAUGGACCAAUAUACGGUCAACCAACAUUAAAACAACAACAAUUAUACCAACAAUUAAAUUCUCUACAACAACCACCACCACCACCACAACCAAUUAUAAUUAGUUCAAUAAGUGGAAUGGUUCCAAUUAGUAAAAUUAAAAUUAGAAAUAAUGUAAAUUGUGUUGGGAAUUAUACAACUUAUAAAACUGAUUACCCAUUUGAUUUGAAUGGUGUAAUGAGUGCUAAAGAAUAUAUUAAUUAUAUCAACGAUUUCAAUAAAAUAGUAUCAAUCAAAAAAUAUCCAAUCAUUACAAUUGUGGUUCUCCAAUUACUUUUAACUCUUCUAAUAGUUAUAUUUGCAAUUCAAAAUCUUUUCAUACCUUUAGUAGUUUCCUUAUCAAUUUGUAUAUCAUUUUCCUUUAUUAUAAUAAUUUUAUCAAUUUAUAUGGUUAGAAAGACUGCUAAUGGUAUGAAGGAUAAAGUUAAGGAAGUUAAUCAAAAUUUAUUAAAUCGUAAUAUUUAUUUUGAAGCUACACCAAAAUAUGUUACAAGUUCAGGAAAGAAAUUUCAUGUUAAAUUAUCAAUUCAUUUCCCAACAUUAGGAUUUAUUGUUCCACAACCAAUACCACCACCAAUGUAUCAAACAAGUUUUCAACAACCAUCUUCAAUUUUAACAACACCAAUUUAUCAAUCACAAACUAACCAACAACAAUACAUAAAUACAAUUGAUGAAAAUCAUGAACAACAAUCUUUAUUAAAAUAG